AUGGUGAAGCCUGGAGUGGUGCCUGGAUCUAAGUUGUCUCCUAGUGCUGCCUAUCUGGCUGCUGCAGCUCAGAAGAAUAAGCUGAAGGAAGCUGGGGGCACGUUCAGGUCAGUUAGGUCACACCCACAAAACAAUAAGAGGACAAUUAUCACAACUAAAAUGAAAGAUUGAAAAGUUCUGUAGCAGUUGCCUGGCUGACUGUGUGUGUGUGUGUGUGUCCAGGGAUGACGAUGACAUCAAUGAUGUGGCGUCCAUGGCUGGGGUUAACCUGUCUGAGGAGAGUGCCUGUAUCCUGGCAACCAACUCCGAGCUGGUGGGAGCAGUGACAUGUUCCUGUAAGGACGAGGCCUUACUCCAUACCUCCACACUGACCAGGAGAAUACUGGAGAUAGGUGAGACUAAAGGUGUCAGCAUGCUUCCGUUCGGCUAGUGCCUAACCAAACUCAUCUAGACGAACCAAACGAGUGUGUCACAUACUCCCUUAGAAAGACCUUCGCUUGAUAAACGAGAAAAAAGUGGCAAUAGUAAGGUUUGUCCAUUUUGAGACCCCGUAGCCAGUAUACACUUCCUCAAACUAUUCAGAAUGAAUCUAAAAUAACUCAAUAAAUAUGUCAUUCAUUUUUAUGUUCUUGCAGAGGAGAUCUUAGUCGCGCAAGUUUACAUCUAACUAAGAUGUUUGGUGCAGUAUUUCUCAAUGAAAAAAUGGGCGUGAAAACGAGUCAUCUUGUUGAAUGACAACAAAGACUUUAUUGAAGAAUCCCUACUGUUGACCAAUCACCGACGAAGGGGCGUAGACUUCGGCUACUGACUUCGGGCUUCCAUCAAGAAAAUGUUUUCUGUGCCCGAAUAGCCGAAAAAACCUUUACCCAAGUCUAAAACGAACAAAAGCAUCACAAAAUGUCGUCAUAAUAUAUGCACAAACUCUUCCGAAAUGUUUCGGCUGGGAAGCAUGCAGACGCCUUACACACACCCACACACACUGAAAUAUGCACCUUUGAGCUUAGUUUUCAUAAUGGCUCCAUAGAUCCCCACUGACUGCAUGUGUUUCCACUCCUCUGGUAAGAAGUUUGGUGUGAGUGAUCUGGGGCCGGAGGUAGUAAACUAUGUGUCUCACGCCAUCCAAACGAUGCUACAGAACUUGCUAGAGAAAGUCUGAGGUGGCCCAGCAGCGGAACAUCAACUUUAAGGUCUGUACAGUUUUAUACGUAUUUGGUGUCUUUACCAUCUGCUCCUAUGGUCUGGUACUUUAAUGUAUGUGUUGACAGGAGGACAGUUGGUACGAGCAGACCAGUGACAUGCGUGCCCAGCUCAAGUUCUUUGAGCAGAUGGAUCAGAUGGAGAAACAGAGGAAAGAGGAGCAGCAGAGAGAGAUUCCGAUGAAGACAGCAAAGGUACUGAAGUUGUAUCAGCAGCACAGACCAAUUCCACUACCACUCCCAUUAUAUUUGACUUUCAGGGCCACUAGUGGUGAGAAGUGAAAAUGAAUUACUUUAUUCUGGAGACCCACUUGACCCACUCCGAUCUUUUUUCUGUUGGGUGUCCAUUCAGUCUCGAUCUCGUCAAGAACACCCUGAGCAGCUGCGGUUGAAACAGAAAGCCAAAGAGGUAAGAGAUAUGGAUAUGAACAUUUGGCAUAACAAACUACUGUAUGUGUGACUGGAAUGUCCAUAGUAGGGGUAUAUGUGUGUAUCUCACACGUGUGUGUGUGUGUCUCCAGAUGCAGCAGCAGGAGCUGUUUCAGUUGAGACAGAAGGAAGCUAACCUGACGGCGCUGGCAGCAAUCGGCCCCAGGAAGAAGAGGAAAAUGGAGGCUGCAGCCGGAGCUGAGGUAACAUGGUCUCCACCUUCUCUCACAGUGUGAUGUGGGCUGUUUGUUUCUGUAUUCAAUUCACAUUAUUAGCGGUCUUUCAUUCUCACUUACACAAUCUCUUCUUUGUCUCGCUUUGUUUUUAUUUAUAUUUCGCCCUCAAAUUCCCUCUCACGUCUCUGCCCCUUUUGUCUCUUUCCCCCCUCAAACUCCCUCUAUUGUUCUCUGACUGUCGCUCUCCCUCCCCCUCUCUCUCUCUCAGGGCUUGGGGUCAAGUGCCUCUGCGUCUGGUAGUGGUAGUUCAGGAGCGUCCAGACAAUUUACCCGCCAGCGCAUCACCCGUGUCAACCUCAGGGACCUGCUCUUCUGUCUGGAGAAUGAGAGAGACACCAGUCACUCCCACCUCAUCUACAGAAGCUUCCUCAAAUAG